AUGCAGCGAGAAGUGAUGACUAAGAUUCUAAAACAAGUUNUGACAGGCCACUCAGCAGAAGUUAGGGCCUGUUGUAUUGGAAACAGAGAAAGUGGCCAUCCUUUGAUUGCCACAGCAUCAGAUGACAGCACGGUCCAACUGUGGGAUACAAGAAACAUGCCUUCACCAAAGGUCGUGAAACUUCCAAAUCACAGUGGUCCAGUUCAAGAGUGCACGUUUUCAAGCGAUGACAAAUUAGCAGUUAGUUGCUCUGCACAUGAAAUAUGGGUGUGGCAAGCCCAGCAGCCAGUCCAGAGGUUGUAUCGCUUAUACCCCGUUUCUGUUACUGGAGCUUGUGGUACCUGCCCAUGUUUUUCUGAAGAUAGCGAGUUUGUAUCAGUGUUUGUUGAGACUGGAGUUGACGUAUGGCACCUCAAGUCAGGACUUGAUCCCCAUGGGUCAGACAGGAGUCUUCUGAUGGGAGCGCACAGGUAAAACUUACACCUUGGAAAAAAUGUUGUGCACUAACUGAUGGAAGGGAAAAAGGAAGGCUGGAUGACUGACAGAAAGACAGAUAGGCAGACAAACAGACAGACAGAUAGAAAGACAGACAAAAAAGGACAGACAAAGAAACAAAAAGGUUAACUGAUGGACCCAUCGCCGACCGACCGACUAACUGAUUGACAUUGGCUCAAGCCGACUGAUAAAGAACAAUUGACUGAUUGACUGAUUCAUUGAUUCAUUGAAUGAAGCAAUGAAUUCAUGAAUUGAA